CACUUAACAUUAUAAAGCUAUAUGGUCGGCCUCUCACUCUCUCUGGAAUACCAUCUCUCCCACACACCCAAAGCACACCAAAGACAAGGUAUAGCAAGACCCAAUUCAGGCAUUAUACCACCGUGUCCAAUUGAUAUCCACCAUGCCCGUCCCAAAGAAGGCUACUCACCCGCAUCACGUCGUGCCUAAGCACGAGACGGGCUACACUGACGAGGCGGCCGAGGAGUGCCACGACCUCAUUGACCGGGCCGAGGAAGAUGCGCACCUCCACGAACCUGGCUCGAUGUACUCGACGCGGGAGUCCGGUGAGCCCCCCCAUAGGAUGCCGAAAAGCGGCCUGGAGGGCAGCUCCAGUAGCCAAUCCCAAUCCCAGGCAAGCGGAAUGGGUGGCAAGCUCCAGGAGACCGCAAAGAACAUCACGAGAACAGCUGGCGAGAAGAUGGGCCAGAUGAAAGAGACCAUGGGCUUGAAAAAAUAAGCUCGAGUACGCCAUUCAUGAUUCUGAUUCAGGCAGGCUAGGGAGCGAGAUAGCAGCCAAGCGAGAUUGGUGAACAACGAGAAGAUGCUUAGGUGAUAGUCUCCAGUCACUUCAAUAGCAGUGAAUCAACAAUCCGUCUAUACAUAUGAUACUCAUGCAUCUGAAGAUGGCCGGUCAUAUGAUGAAACCCCCUUGGGCCGAUGGCAUGGAAAUUCUCGUCGACACUGCUAAUACUACCACGGAAGGGAGAGUACUAUGGAUGAAGGGCGGUCCGAGUUCGGCCUUUAGACACAUGCAGUGUCAAAGUCUAGACAGACCCUAGAGACGGAACCUAGGUACCCAGCUUAUAGUACGAAUAGUGGCCAA